CAACAGCCUACAGCUAGCUCAAGUGAAGUGAGCUGAUCGAUUGAGAUACAGAGGAGAGAUAGCUAGGCAAUUCAGCAAUGGCGGAGAGGGUGACCGCGAUUGCGUCGCAGGGCACAGUGGUGAUCUUUGGGGCGAGCUGCUGCUGCAUGUCCCACACCAUGACGAGGCUCUUUGCGGAGCUGGGUGUUAGCUCUACGGUGCACGAGCUGGACAAGGACCCCCAGAGGGAGGACCUGGAGAGGGCGCUCGCUGGCAUGGUGGGCCAGAGCCCGGCGGUGCCGGCAGUAUUCAUCCGUGGCGCGCUUGUCGGUGGCACCAGGCAGGUCAUGCAGCUGCAUCUCGGCGGCCAUCUCGUGCCGCUGCUCCGCCAAGCUGGUGCCCUGUGGUCCUGAGGCAUUAUUAAUAAUAAUGGCUGAUGCGUACUUGCAUAGUAAUCUACGUGUGAUCAUAACCUCAAAAGCUGUAGCUAGUGAUCGACAAUACAGUGUGUGCCGCUACUUAAUGUUGAACAAUGCUUCUCGCCGGACAUUGAACCCAACUCUCAGGCUUCUUGCCAGAUAGAUAUCUGUCUCACUAUGAUGAUCUGGCACGAAAUAUAGGACAUGAUUGUUAGGAAUCAUCCCCCGUGUUUGAUCUUUGUGAUAUCUUCACUGGCUAUGUUUCUGAUGAGGUUUGAUUGCAUCUCCUCUGACCAAUGUGUGCUAUUUCACCGUGUUUAAUUCCUCU